GAUGAACAUGUGACCUCGUGAACCUCAGGCACGCGUCGGCGCGUCAACUUCUGCUUCCCUAUCAUCUACGUCAAAACGAAUAGGAACCCAUCUCUCCCUGCAUUCAAAGUUCCCUAUUCUGAUUCAUCUCAAUCCUUCAAAAUACUCUCUCUUCACCAGUUCAUUAGGAUGGGCGAAGGCUCAUUGAAAAGGGCCGCCUCCCCCUCCCGCCCAAUCUCCCCACCACCACUCAAACGCAAGGUCGAAUCAACCCUCACAAAGAAAGCCGCGGCAUCGUUCUUCACCCCAGCCUCACAGAAGAAACCCGAACCAUUCACUUGGCGGAUUGUGAAAAAUAGCCUAGUUGUCGGCAAGUAUUCCAUCGGAGCAGAGCAGAAACAAAGCUCGACAACGCCCAAAGUUGCUGCUUUUGAUUUUGAUUCGACGUUGGUUUCCACGGCUUCGGGCAACACGUUUGCGAGAAACUCGGCAGAUUGGAAAUGGUGGCAUGCCAGUGUCCCUUCAAAGCUGAAAAGGCUGAAUUCGGAUGGGUACCAUGUGGUUAUCAUGUCAAACCAAAAGAAAGUUAGUCUCAAGAGAGAUAUGAAAGGACCUCAAGGGGAUUCGAAAAGCUUGACGAACUUCAAGGAAAGAGUGUCGGCCGUCAUGAAGCAACUAGAUAUCCCUAUUAGCGUUUACGCGGCUACGGAAGACGAUGACUACCGGAAGCCGCGAGCAGGGAUGUGGAGAGAGUUUGUCGAUGAUUGUGACUUUGAUGUAUCAGGGGUUGAUCUUUCCGCGUCAGUAUUUGUCGGCGACGCUGCUGGACGACCAGCGGAUCAUUCGCAAGUUGAUCGUGGAUUUGCGGUGAAUGUCGGAGUCCCUUUCAAAACCCCCGAGGAGUUCUUCCUUGAUGCUCCCCCUGAAUCUUUGGUGGAGUCAUUCAACCCGUCGGCAUACAUAAAACCAGAACCUACGAAUGAUGCCCCCGCACCUUUCUCGAGACAAAGUCCUCUCGAGCUAGUGAUCUUCUGCGGUAGUCCCAGUGCGGGCAAGUCGACCUUUUACUGGGAUUACCUCGAACCAUUGAAGUACGAACGAGUGAACCAAGAUAUCCUCAAAACGAGACAAAAAUGCAUCAAGGUGGCUAAAGAACACCUUGCUGCGGGACGGUCUGUGGUCGUCGAUAACACCAAUGCUGAUCCAGAGACGAGAUCGCAAUGGGUCGACAUCGCCGAAGAAUUCAAAAUCCCUAUUCGUUGCGUGUACUUUUCCGCGCCCCCGACAGUCUGCAGACACAACAACGCAGUCCGAGCCGCGAAUAAAGGCCUCAACCCCGAAUCCCGCACGCUCCUCCCCGGCAUCGCGUUCGGCGAUUUCCUCCGUCGAUUCAAGGAGCCCACCAUGUCGGAAGGAUUCCAGGAGAUCGUCCGGGUCGAUUUCCAGUUCCGGGGUGACGACGCGGCCCAGCAGAUCUGGAAGCAGUACUGGAUUUGAAGGCUGUUUGUGAGCUUUGUGUAUCGAAGCCGAACAGAGCUAGAGCAAGGAACUAGACACUUAUACAUACAUACAUACAUACACGAACAACCAGAACCCAAGAGUACAAUAGCAAUAGCAAUAGCAAUAGUAAUAGCAAUAGUAAUAGUUAG